CUGCCCGGCUCGGCCUCGGCCUCGGCCUCGGCCUGCACGGCGGCGGCGGCGGCGGCAGCGGCGGCGGCGGCGACCUGGGCCCGGGCGCAGCGGCGGCGGUGGGGCCUGGAGCCGGAUCUAAGAUGGCAGCGGCGGCGACGGCGGCGGUGGGGCCGGGCGCGGGCGGCGCGGGGGCGGCGGGGCCGGGCGGCGCGGGGCCCUGCGCGACCGUGUCCGUGUUCCCCGGCGCCCGCCUCCUCACCAUCGGCGACGCGAACGGCGAGAUCCAGCGGCACGCGGAGCAGCAGGCGCUGCGCCUCGAGGUGCGCGCCGGCCCGGACGCGGCGGGCAUCGCCCUCUACAGCCAUGAAGAUGUGUGUGUCUUUAAGUGCUCAGUGUCCCGAGAGACGGAGUGCAGCCGCGUGGGCAAACAGUCCUUCAUCAUCACCCUGGGCUGCAACAGCGUCCUCAUACAGUUCGCCACACCCAAUGAUUUCUGUUCCUUCUACAACAUCCUGAAAACCUGCCGGGGCCACACCCUGGAGCGGUCUGUGUUCAGCGAGCGGACGGAAGAGUCUUCUGCUGUACAGUACUUCCAGUUUUAUGGCUACCUGUCCCAGCAGCAGAAUAUGAUGCAGGACUACGUGCGGACGGGCACCUACCAGCGUGCCAUCCUGCAGAACCACACCGACUUCAAGGACAAGAUCGUUCUUGACGUUGGCUGUGGCUCGGGGAUCCUGUCAUUUUUCGCCGCCCAAGCUGGAGCCCGGAAAAUCUACGCGGUGGAGGCCAGCACCAUGGCCCAGCAUGCCGAGGUCUUGGUGAAGAGUAACAACCUGACGGACCGCAUCGUGGUCAUCCCGGGCAAGGUGGAGGAGGUGUCGCUCCCCGAGCAGGUGGACAUCAUCAUCUCGGAGCCUAUGGGCUACAUGCUCUUCAACGAGCGCAUGCUGGAGAGCUACCUCCACGCCAAGAAGUAUCUGAAGCCCAGCGGAAACAUGUUCCCUACCAUUGGUGACGUCCACCUUGCACCCUUCACGGAUGAACAGCUCUACAUGGAGCAGUUCACCAAGGCCAACUUCUGGUACCAGCCAUCCUUCCACGGAGUGGACCUAUCAGCCCUCCGAGGCGCUGCAGUGGAUGAGUAUUUCCGGCAGCCUGUGGUGGACACUUUUGACAUCCGGAUCCUGAUGGCCAAGUCCGUCAAGUACACAGUGAACUUCUUAGAAGCCAAAGAAGGAGAUUUGCACAGGAUAGAAAUCCCAUUCAAAUUCCACAUGCUGCAUUCAGGGCUGGUCCACGGCCUGGCUUUCUGGUUUGACGUUGCUUUCAUCGGCUCCAUAAUGACUGUGUGGCUGUCCACAGCCCCGACAGAGCCCCUGACCCACUGGUACCAGGUGCGGUGCCUGUUCCAGUCACCACUGUUCGCCAAGGCAGGGGACACGCUCUCAGGGACAUGUCUGCUUAUUGCCAACAAAAGACAGAGCUACGACAUCAGUAUUGUGGCACAGGUUGACCAGACUGGCUCCAAAUCCAGUAACCUCCUGGAUCUGAAAAACCCUUUCUUUAGAUACACGGGCACGACGCCCUCGCCCCCACCCGGCUCCCACUACACAUCUCCCUCUGAAAACAUGUGGAACACGGGCAGCACCUACAACCUCAGCAGCGGGAUGGCCGUGGCAGGGAUGCCGACCGCCUACGACCUGAGCAGUGUUAUCGCCGGCGGCUCCAGCGUGGGCCACAACAACCUGAUUCCUUUAGCCAACACGGGGAUUGUCAAUCACACGCACUCCCGGAUGGGCUCCAUAAUGAGCACAGGGAUUGUCCAAGGGUCCUCCGGCGCCCAGGGCAGCGGUGGUAGUGGCUCGAGUGCCCACUAUGCAGUCAACAGCCAGUUCACCAUGGGCGGCCCUGCCAUCUCCAUGGCGUCGCCCAUGUCCAUCCCGACCAACACCAUGCACUACGGGAGCUAGGGGCCUGCCCCGAGGACUGACAGCACCAGGAAACCAAAUGAUGUUCCCACCCGCCCCCCGCCGGGCGGCUUUCCCCCUUGUACUGGAGAAGCCCGAACACCCAGUCACAGCCCUCUUUGCUAUGGGAACUGGGACACUUUUUUACACGACGUUGCCGCCAUCCCCACCCUUACCCCGACCUCCACCUCCCAGCCCUGAGCGCGUGUCGCUGCCAUAUUUUACACAAGAUCAUGUUGUGGGAGCCCUCGUCCCCCUUCCUGCCCGCUCCACCCCGACCUGGGCUUGUCAUCUGCUGGAACUGGCUGCGGGGAGCGAGCAGCUGCCACCCAGCCCAGGCUGCCCCACCUUGCCUGCCAGGUCCCUCGGCAUCUGUACCCUUGUCUGACUCCAGUGGGAAGGUGGCCUGGCCAACCAGGGCCUCCCUUCGACGACCAGGCCUCGGUCACAACGGACGUGACAUGCUGCUUUUUUUAAUUUUAUUUUUUUAUGAAAAGAACCAGUGUCAAUCCACAGACCCUCUGAGAAGCCAGGCCGGCCGGGCCGAGCCAGCAGCCCCUCUCCCCAGACUCAGAGGCAUCGCGGGGAGGGGUGGCCCCGCUGAGGCUUCAGGGGCCCCAUCCCCACCAAAGGGUUCACCUCACACUUGAAUGUACAACCCACCCCGCUGUUGGGAAGGCCUCCGUCCUCGGCCCCUGCCUCUUGCUGCUGUCCUGUCCCUGAGCCCCUGCAAGUCUCCCCCACGCCCCCCACCCAGAGUUAGAGCAGGUGGCUGCAGGCCCUGGGCCUGGAGGGAAAGCCACCGCCAGCCACUUGGGGCAGACAUAGACACCUCAAGGAUGUGUCAUGGAAGGUGUCCUCUUUCCUUGUAGCUACCAUUAGGCCUGAGUAUCUCCCCUCCGUCUUAGUAGACGCUCCAGUCCCUACUACUGCAUUUCCGUCCCUCCCCUGCCUGGGAAGGGGCCUUGCAGGGACCUCUCCCUCCAAAAAAGAAAAAAUAAACGAGGAAAUGUGUUGCAGCACAGGCAGUUUCUUCUUCUGCUCCCCUGUUUCUCACAGCCCCAAGUUCAGAUGCUGGAGCUCAGGCCCGCCGUGUGUGCGCCCAGGCAGAGUGGGCACUGUCCAGGCUAGGGUGCCCCCUUGGCUCUCCCUCCUGUGCCAGGAGAGCCAUAGGGGGGAAAGCAGGCAGCCCCAGGGGAUAUUGGGGCCCCGGCCCUGUCCCAAAGCUCCCUGAUCGGCUGCCCUUCGCCCGCCUUUAUAUAAAUUCUCUGAAUCACCUUUGCAUAGAAAAUAAAAGUGUUUGCUUUGUAAGAAAA